GGAGGACCUGCACCUGCUGGACGUGCAAGAGCGCUCGCAGUGGAUGGUGGUGAAGGUGACCGGCCCGACUCCCGGCAGGCGCUACGGCCACACGAUGGCCUUCAUCAAGCCGCAGCUGGUGGUCUUCGGCGGCAACAACGGCUCGCAGGCCGAGUGUGACAUCUGGACCAUGGACGUCGAGAGGUCGCCGUUCCAGUGGGCCGAGGUCAAGACGAUGAACGGCGCCCGCGGGCCGCUGCCCAGGGUCUACCACUCGGCGGACGUCUGCCGGGAGGGCCCCGCGGCCGGCAUGAUGGUGGUCUUUGGCGGGCGCGCUCCAGAGAACCGCUCGCUGAAGGACACGUGGGGCCUCCGGCGCCACAGGGACGGUCGCUGGGACUGGGUGGAGGCGCCGACCAAGCGCGGGCAGCCGCCGGAGCGCCGCCCUUCGCACCGCCCGUCGGGCGUUGGCGCAGCGCCCGGGGUUUUCGAAGAAGCGCGUGUGCCUUGACGAGGUGCAUGCGCGCAGGCUCUCGGAGCUCCGCGCGGAGCUGGGGAGGUUUCUGCUCAUGCCUCUUGGCGACAGAGCCCCCGGGGCCCCAAUGCCAAGGCUCGUGGCCCUCGAUCCGCGCGAGCGCAAACCGUGUCGAAGAAGAGCGUCCCCUCUUCUGGGUCAGGGCCUGCUCGGGGUGAAGGACGGCGCGCACCUUUCGUGCACCCUCGGGGCGCCGG